AUGCCAAGCUAUGCCCGGUUGAGCCUGUUGGUUAGUGAUGAAGCUCGGGUCCAUUUGGCCUUGCUGAUGUCCUCGCUCUCGCUGCGGGAGCCGCCGGAAGUACUGCAGGAGGUGGCGGUGCAGUUGGAGCAUUGCGCCAGUGACUUGCCAGCGCCAGGACUCGUCGGUGCUGUUGUGGCCUUAUCCCAGUUGGGACCAUGGCCUUUCGAGCCACCACCCGGUGGGCCGCUGAUCAAUGCCCUGGAGGGGUGCGUCUUGGAGCUGCCACCUGGGCAGUUGAGCGGCCUAGCCUUGAGCGCAGCCACGCUGCAGCAUGAGAUGCCGGUCUUCUGGCAACAGGUGCACGGUGGCCUUCUGGCAUGUGCCAAAGACUUGUCCCCGCGACAGAUGGCAGACGUCUUCUUAGCCUUGGCGACGCAUCAGAUGUGCCCUGUCACGCUGCUCGAGGAGCUCCAUAGCCGCUUACCUGUGGAGCUGCACGAGCUGCAUGCAGAUGAGGCCUUGACCAUCGCCUGGGCAAUGGUUGCCAUGCGCUUUUCCAAGUCAGGCCAUUUGCUGCCCUUGCUCGACCUGGCUCUUGCGGCCAAGGAUUCCUUCACUGUCCAGGAGAUUCAUCAACUGCAGCAGAUCAUCUUGUCUUUGGAGCAGGAGGUCUCCGGAUCAGCGCCAAAGAGGUUUGAUCCGUGGCUCAUGGAGGAGUUGUCGCACGGACAAGUUGCGGAGGCAAUCCUAGAGGAAGUUUGCACGCACUUGGAGGAGGAGGGUGUCCCGUACAGCCUCAACGAAACGGUGGAGGACUUCUAUCACCUCGACCUGGCAGUGCAGGGUGAAGCUGUGCUGGUGCUGGAUGCCACCACACUCUCGACAGCUGAGGCGCCGCGUAGUGCUUGGAUCACCCUGAAAUGCCGCCAUUUGAAACACCUGGGAUGGCACGUGGAAUGGUUGCCCCUGAGACGGUGGGAGGUCAUGGAAAAGGAGGUCACGAAACGGGGCGGGAUGUGGAGAUCUUGCCCUAGGCCCAGCGACUGGUUGCUCUACAGCCGGGAGCUGGGAAAGCCGAAAGACUUCUACAUUGUCGCCCAGCAAGAGUUCGACCAGAACUACCGGAUCAUCAGCAGUAGCUUAGCUUGA